AUGCCUCCUCGGCCAGUCCAGCGCCGGCAGCCAAGGUUCUCUUCCCGAGAACCUGACUCGUCCGUCAAUCAGAAUACCCUCUCCACCUUCCAGAAACCAAAUUUGCCCCCGCUGCAAGGCACACCCAGCUCAAGAAGACAAUAUUCUUACGGCGCAGAUGUCGAGCCGAUGCCCUCGCGACCAGGCCAUGGUUUGCAGCGGACUCAAGUGCGAGAUAUCGGCAGUGCCGUCAGAAAAGUUCUGACCAGACCCGAUGGCGAAGACGAGGAUCACACCGAGGAUCACACCGAGGAUCACACCGAGGAUGCGAUGCAAACUCCACAGCCGCAACGGCGGCAGUCACGACCAAUCGCCCAAGCCGAACCAGGCGACCUGGCUGCCGGGCCGCAGCAGAGUCGACACCAACCAUCCUAUCUGUCUGGGCCCUCUGCUCCUGAACCGUCAAGCCGUCCAUUAUUCUCAACGCGAAACCAUGUCGCCGAAACCAACGACGCUGAUGAUGUGCGCAGUUUUGGCAUGGAGAGUGAUUUCUACGGUGAUGCAACGAUAGAAUCGACACCUAGAGCCCCAGUUCCUCAGCCAUCGCCACUCCGUGCAGUUCAGACAGCCGAGAGCCCGACCCCAAAUGAUGUUACGCGGCGGUCCACUCGGCAGAAACGAGCAAUACUGUCAAGCCAGGACGAGGCUGGCCUUGCCCGACAGCCCGUGAGCAACGCAAUUGAGGGACUUGCGACUACCGCUGCAGGACCAUCGCCACUUCGAUCUGCGCCUCGUCGACCUCCUAAGCCCCUGUUGCCACCACCCAAGACGCAGCCAGUUUUGGAAGGCGAAACGGAGGAGGAGGAGGAGGAGGACGACGACGACGACGACGACGACGACGACGAAGAAGAAGAAGAAGAAAAUGAAGCAACCGAAGAAGACGUUCAAGAAGGAACCGAGGCAGAUGAGGACGAUGCACUUUCCCCCCCAACGCAACCGCGACAUUCCGCCAACACAAAUACGCCGGCCCCCAGGCGUCCACCGCCGAGCCGUAGGGACAAUGUUCAAACGAGAACAAGGCCAAGUGGGCCGUCCCCAGCCCUACCUUGGCCAAGGCGAUCUGGAACAACCAAAGCUCCACUGGGGCAGAUGGACCGAGCGGCGUCAAGUGCGUCAAACAGCGCUUGGCAAGAAGCAGCAAACCCGGCUUCAACCGAGCUUCGUAGCAAGAGGCAAGAGUCGGAAGCGGCCGAUUCUUCGCAGGACAGCUCCACCAGCUCCACCAGCUCCGGCCGAUGGCUGACCAGGAAAGCUGCAACGUCCAGCUUUUCAAGCUUAUUUGCUCAGGCCAAGUUCUUGGCGAGCAGUAGUCCUUUCGCCGCUCUGCGAAGGCGAUAUCCAACAGACCCAAGCGAAAGGCGUGCCGCCAUCCAGAGGGACAUUGACGACGCCGAGGCGGAAUUGGCUCAUGCGCGACGAGAGCAGGUGUUGUCUGGAGAAGGACGAGAUGGAGGAGGGCGUCAACGAUGGGGCUGGUUCAAGGCCUUGAUGCCCUCGGCAGGCCGGCAUCAGGUGGAGUUGGAUGACGCGGCGUUGCCGAAUGGGCAUCAGCAGCCCCAGCGGCUAGGAUUCUCUCUAGCACGGUUCCUGAAUCCCGUGACGUACAUUAGAGGGCUGGGGCGGCUUGUGGAAGUGUUGCUUGAUGGGAUUAUGCGUCUCAUCCACUACAUUAUACCCACCAAGCUAUGGGAUCGCCUGUCGUCCGUUUUCGAAUUCCUGCCGCACAUGUUGGCGGGCUUGUUAGCAUUCGCGCUGGCCUUUGCGCUGGCGACGCAAUUUGCCAGCUCGACCAACGGUGACUGGGCCCCAAGCGUCAUAGAAGCGACGCUGAGGACGAUUGACAAGGUGAAGCACGGGCUCCAGGACUUUGUGCCCAGCGUGACGUGGACGAAACGCGACCACUGGGUAGACGUCGAGGAUCUGUGGCAAGACGACGGAGCGGCAAGCGACCGGCUGGGGCAGUUCCUCGGUCGCAUGGAGGAGGAGUUUCUGUCCCUGAAACGCGCGGGCAAGAUGCACGAAGCGUCUGUCAAGAGGCUGGAAAGCAUUGUUCCCAGCAUUGUGCACAUGGAGCUGAAGGAUGGGAGGCCGGUUGUUUCGCAGGAGUUUUGGCACGCCCUGAGGGACUUGCUUCGCGCAGACGGGGGUUUCCUGACGCUGGACAAGGUGGGAAGCGACUGCGAGGUAUCCUCGGACAAGCAGUGGAGAGCCGUUGCGUCUCGACUGGUUCGCGACGCCACUUUUACCGCCAAGCUGAACGCGACCCUGGAGGAAUUCGAGACCAAGCUGGACGGCAAGAGGGCGGCAUUCUGGGACACGUGGGUCAAGGACAAUGACGACAAGAUUGCGCGCAUGCUGGGGUCGGCAGUCGAGCAGGUCAAGUCUGCAGGGUCGCAGAGGGAGUUUGAGGAGCGAGUGCGCGGCAUCGUCGAGGAGCAGCUGUCGCAGACGCAGCAAGUCGUCAGCCGGGACGAGUUCCUGCGCCACCUCGGCAACGAGCUCGCCAGCCACCGGGCCGAGAUGCGGGCCGAGCUCAAGGACCUCCAGCCGCAGCUGGAGCAGCUCGUCCGGCGGUCGGUCGAGCUGGCCACCGGGGACAGCCAGGCCUCCCGCGGGGGGGGGGUGAGCCGAGCCGAGGCGGCAGCCCUGGUCAAGGGCUUGGUGCGCGAGGCCCUGGCGGACGUGGACCUCGAGGCCCUGGCGCGCGGCACCAUCCACCGGCACUGGGACACGGAGCUCCGGCACCAGAUCAACUACUUUGCCGUGGGGUCCGGGGCCGCGAUCGACGCGCACCACUCGUCCCCGACGUGGGAUCCCGCGCGGCGCGGCCCGGGAAGCGGCAGCGGACAGGUGCCGCGGCCCGUCGCGGCCCUGCAGCCGUGGCAAGACCAGGGCGACUGCUGGUGCGCCGCCCGGUCCGUCAACCACCGCGGGAACCCCCACGGCGCCAGCCUCGCCGUCCGCCUCGGCCACCGCGUGAUCCCCCAGCACGUCGUGGUGGAGCACAUCCCCCCGGGGGCCACGAGCGAGCCGGGCGCCCGCCCGCGGCUCGUCCAGGUCUACGCGUCCAUCGACGACUCGGCCCUCCGCGAGCGCGUGCUCGACUUUGCCGCCGCCCACUUGCCGGACGACGACUCGGACUGGAACUACACGCCGCCCGAGUACCCGUCGCGCUUCGUCAAGAUCUCCCAGUUCACGUACGAGGCGGCCCACCGGGACGACGGGGUGCACGUCCACCGCCUGAGCAGCGAGCUGGUCGGGCUGGGCGCCGACACGGACCACGUCAUCAUCCGCGCGGUGAGCAACUACGGCGCCGAGAACCACACGUGCUUUUAUAGGGUGAGGCUGUACGGGUUGAACACCGAGGCGGAUCCCUGGCCGUAG